AACGGCAGGGAACGGCUCGGAACGGCUCGAAACGGCAAAGAACGGCAGGGCAGGGCUCGGCACGGCUGGUCCCCGGAGCCGCAGGGAUGGCGCCCGCGGGGACCGAGGCUGCCCCGGCCCACCGGUGAGGUGCCCCCCAACACCCCCAGCCCCGAGCCUGGACCACGAUGAACAAACUGACCUUCCACAACAACAGAGUCAUGCAGGACCGCCGCAGCGUUUGCAUCUUCCUCCCCAACGACGACUCCCUCAACAUCAUCAUCAACGUGAAGAUUUUGUGCCACGAGUUGCUGGUGCAGGUGUGUGACCUCCUGAGGCUGAAGGACUGUCACCUCUUCGGGCUCAGCGUUAUCCAGAACAAUGAGCACGUGUACAUGGACCUGGCCCAGAAACUCUACAAGUACUGCCCCAAGGAGUGGAAGAAGGAGGCCAGCAAGGGGAUCGACCAGUUUGGCCCCCCCAUGAUCAUCCACUUCCGAGUGCAGUACUACGUGGAGAACGGCCGGCUGAUCAGUGACCGGACGGCUCGUUAUUACUAUUACUGGCACCUGAGGAAGCAAGUGCUCCAUUCCCAGUGUGUCCUGAGGGAAGAGGCCUAUUUCCUCCUCACCGCCUUCGCCCUCCAAGCCGACCUGGGCGACUUCAAACGCAACAAGCACUACGGGAAGUACUUCGAGCCCGAAGCCUAUUUCCCUGCCUGGGUGGUUGCCAAGAGGGGCAAGGACUACAUCCUCAAGCACGUCCCCAACAUGCACAAGGAUCAGUUUGCCCUGACGGCCUCCGAAGCCCAUCUCAAGUACAUCAAGGAGGCCGUGCGGCUGGACGACGUGGCCGUGCACUACUACAGGUUGUACAAGGACAAGAGGGAGGUGGAAGCCUCCCUGACGCUGGGGCUGACGACGAGGGGCAUCCAGAUCUUCCAGAACAUGGAUGAAGAAAAGCAGCUGCUCUACGACUUCCCAUGGACAAAUGUGGGGAAACUGGUGUUUGUGGGCAAGAAGUUUGAGAUCCUGCCAGACGGGUUGCCCUCAGCAAGGAAGCUCAUCUACUACACGGGCUGCCCUCUGCGCUCCCGCCACCUCCUGCAGCUGCUCAGCAGCAGCCACCGGCUCUACAUGAACCUGCAGCCCAUCCUGCGCCAGGUCCGCAAGCUGGAGGAGAACGAGGAGAAGAAGCAGUACCGCGAGUCCUACAUCAGCGACACCCUGGACCUGGACAUGGAGCAGCUGGAGAAGCGCUCGCGGGCCAGCGGCAGCAGCGCCGGCAGCAUCCGGCACAAGCGCCUCUCCCGACACUCCACCACCAGCCACAGCAGCUCCCACACCUCGGGCAUCGAGGCCGACCCCAAACCCAGGGAGAUGGGGCCCGAGGACGGCUUCUCGGGCGCCAGCGCCCACCGCAAGCUGAAGACCUGCAGCUCCAUGACCAGCCACGGCAGCUCCCACACCUCCGGGGUGGAGAGCGGUGGGAAGGACCGGCUGGAGGAGGACUCCCAGGAUGAUGAGAUCGAGAUGCUGGUGGAUGACCCCCGGGAGCUGGAGCAGGCUGGGGAGAUGGAGGUGAGCCCCGACAUGUGCGUCUACAUCACGGAGGACAUGCUGCUCUCGCGCAAGUUCAACGGGCACUCGGGACUUAUCGUGAAAGAGAUCAGCUCCUCCACCUCCAGCUCCUCGGAGACGGUGGUGAAGUUGCGAGGGCAAAGCACCGACUCCUUACCCCAGACGGCGUGCAGGAAACCGAAGACCUCGACAGACCGGCACAGCCUGAGCCUGGAUGACAUUCGGCUCUACCAGAAGGACUUCUUGCAGUUGGCCAACCUCUGCCAGGACACGGCCCAGAGCUACACCUUCGGCUGCGCCCACGGGCUGGAGGAGGAAGGGCUCUACUGCAACGGCUGCUUGGCCCAGCAGUGCAUCAACAUCCAGGAGACCUUCCCCGUCAAAAGAACCAGCAAAUACUUCUCCUUGGAUCUCACCCACGACGAAGUCCCCGAGUUCGUCGUCUGAGGACCUCAGCGGGGGGGAGGCUGGGGCUCCCUGCCCUUCAUCGGGGGUCGUCAACACCGCCUUGUCCCCCACCCAUUCCCUGCAAACCGAGGGCACUUGGAGGAUGGCCCCGACGGCAGGUGGGAUGGAGAACCCCGGGCACGGCGGAGUCCCACCGGCGAGGUCCCCCACCAUCCUUCCUCCUCUGGAUGAGUUUGUGCCAAACACAAGUUGUCUUAUUUCCACUGGGAGAAGCGCAAUUCGUUUGGGCCAACCUGUGGGUCGAGGUGGCCUCUUCUCCUCCUUGCCCCCAUCCUCAGUGCCGCUGGUGGCUCCAGCGGUGGCUUGGUGGCCACCGACGCCGGAGAGGAAGCGCCAGACCGUGGUGUUCAAGUCAAGCCAAAGAAAUGUAAAUAACCCUAAAGGCCAGUAUGGGGAGGGAGAAUUAAGCAAUAACCAGCCGGGGAUCCCCGGGUGACGUGCGGUGGAGGACAGCAUGGCCAGCAUCAUCCAAGUUCUUCCAAAAACAAGUGCUGGAGGUCAGGCCAGAGUGGUCCUCCCAGCGAGGUGGACGGCGGUUGGGACCUCCGGCGCCAUUUGCAGCUUGUUUUUUUUUUCUUUCUUUUUGAGAAAAAAAAACAAAACAAAACAACCCAAACCAAAAAAAAAAAAAAAGAGCAAACCACCCCACCCAAGAAAACCAAAA